CCCAAUUCUCACAAUGUACAACAAUAACUACUAGUGACAUAUGUAGCCGCACUAAGAGGCCAAGUAAGGACUCACAUAAGUCUUACCCACCAGCCGGCUAUUGUAAUAACUCAUCUAUUAUGAGCGCAAACAUCACACAAAGACUAACAACAAAGACAUACUAACACUAUAAAAUACACUCACUCCCUACCAGCUAUAAACUAGUACAUCUAGUCUACAUUCAAAUCAUUAUAAGACUGACUGGAACAAUGAACCUUAUAGUGUUAUCUGUUCUUAUACUCACUACUCUCUCUACUAUUGUAUCUACUAAUGAAAAUACAAUCAAAGGAUCAUCAUCUGUGUCAACAAGCAAAGGAUACAUUAAUGAGACUAAUGUGAAGGAGGUUUAUCUACAAAUAUUACGUGGUAGAGAUGGUCCUGAUGGAGUGAAAGGAGAGAGAGGAGAUAAGGGAGAGAAAGGUGAAGCUGGACCUGUAGGACAAGCUGGUCCUAAAAGUGGAGGAGUAAUGUACACUCGUUGGGGAAGGAAGUCCUGUCCAACUGGAGCUGAACUACUGUAUGAGGGAAUAACUGGAGGUAGUCGCUGGAAUCAUUCAGGAGGAGGAGCUAACUAUGUCUGUUUACCAAAGGUCCCUCAAUUAUCUCUUUCUCUUCCAAUGAGGUCACUAGUUGUGUGUUCAGUGUUGCUCUCAAUACUGACACUCACUACUACUAUACCUGUAGGACAAGCUUGUCCUAAAAGUGGAGGAGUAGUGUACACUCGUUGGGGAAGGAAGUCCUGUCCUACUGGAGCUGAACUACUGUAUGAGGGAAUAACUGGAGGUGAAUGGUAUAAUCAUCCAGGAGGAGGAGCUAACUAUGUCUGUUUACCAAAGGUCCCUCAAUAUAUGAGUACAAAAGUACCUUCUGCCUAUUCUUUCAUGUAUGGUACUGAAUAUGAUGAUGUUUAUAAUACAUUUUCAGGAAAGCAUCAACACAAUGCUCCUUGUGCAGUAUGUUAUACAUCUACUAAGAGUGUUAAACUGAUGAUUCCUGCUAGAACCAGCUGUCCUUCAUCAUGGACUAUAGAAUAUAAAGGAUAUCUGAUGUCUCAUUAUUAUAAUCACAGGCACAAUAAAGUCUAUGAGUGUGUUGAUGAAAAUCCUGAAUCUGUCAUUGGCAGUGAGGCUAAUACUGAUGGUGCUUUGUUCUAUUUUACAGUAUCAACCUGUAAUGGUCUACCUUGUCCACCUUAUGUCAACAAUAGAGCUAUUACUUGUGUUGUGUGUACUAAGUAACACCUUAAUAACAGUGAGUGAUUAUAAAAUUUAUGCCUAGGUAUUUUAGUAACAAGCUAAUAAUGAUUAGUUCCAUUUUAA